CAGUCAUGGUGAAUUUCAUGCAAGCUGUGCGUGAUCACUGGGUUCACAUCCUUGUUCCCCUAGGAUUUGUGAUUGGAUGCUAUUUGGACAGAAUGAACGAUGAAAAAUUGUCAGCCUUCAGAAACAAGAGCUUGCUGUAUAGAAGAGAAUUGAAACCUGGUGAAGAAACUACAUGGAAAUAGAAGCUGCUGAUGAAAUGGGAAAUAUUUUCACUUGUUCAAUCAACAUAUAUAGCAAGUUAAAAGAACAGGAUUACAGUUUUUAUUCUUGAGUGAACGUAUAAGGCUGCAGAAAGGAACACCUACGAUUCAUCUCUGCUAGUUUAUAAUUUUCAGUCCUCCUUUUUGAAAGAUAAUUACAUGACUAGUACAAGUCCUGUUCAGAAACAUUUAUCCCCGGAAGUCAUACUCUGAAAGAGGGAGGAAGACUUAUGUAAUAAAGAAAAACUAUGCAAAAAGCA